UAAAUAAAACACACAUCACUCCUUUCACUCAACACUAAAUUUUCAAGAUUCUUACAAUGAAUAUGUUUGGAUCCGACAAUCAUUUUCCACGUGUGCAUUCCUCGUUUUCGGGCGAAUCAUCGUCGGAGAGCGAGGUGAAGCUCGCUUCAGACAACCCGAAGAAGCGGGCGGGGAGGAAGAAGUUCCGGGAGACGCGCCACCCGGUCUACCGGGGCGUGCGGCGGCGGAGCACCGGCAAGUGGGUGUGCGAGGUGAGGGAGCCCAACAAGAAGUCCAGGAUAUGGCUCGGGACCUACCCCACCGUCGAGAUGGCGGCGCGUGCGCACGACGUGGCGGCGCUGGCGCUGCGGGGCCGGUCCGCGUGCCUCAACUUCGCGGACUCGGCCUGGCGCCUGCCUGUCCCUGCGUCCGCACACGCCCAGGACAUUAGGAGGGCGGCUGUCCAGGCAGCCGAGGCCUUCAAGCCUCGGCUGCAGGAUGAGGAGCGGUCGGCCGAGGUAUCGCCGGAGAAUGGGUGGUUCGUGGAGGAGGAGGAGGGGAUGCAUGAGCUGUUGAUGAAUUUGGCGGAGGGGAUGAUGCUACCGCCACCUCACUACUAUGGUUAUGACGUGGAGGAUACUGCUGACGUGGAGUUAUGGAGUUUUUUCAUUUGAUAUAAUAUAUAGUGUAUUAUUUGGUGUUGGGUAGGACUAGGAAUUCUUUCAACUUGAUUUUUUUAGCAAGUGGAGAGGUUUUACUUGUAAAUGUCAUGCAAUAAAACAAAAUGAUAUUACUCUAUA